GUCUUAAGUAUUUUUCAACACAAGUUUGCUACGUCGCUCUCUUGAUUUUUCUGGUUGCUCAAAAUGGUUGAAAUAUUGCACCGUAAUCCUGCUAGCAGAGAACUUUUAGACAGAUUGGAUGACCAUGCAGACUGGGUAAUUAUUAUAUGAUAAACAACGGUUGAGAUAUCAUCAUUAUUAAUACUCUUAACGUUCACCAUAGUGAUUCCAUAGAAUCAUUCUUUGUUGUCCUUCAGGUGUUAUAAACUUUACGGCUUACAUGUAAAAUUAGUCUUUUAUAGAUGCCUGUGUAUUCUAUUUAUAACAUGCAGAUCCUUAGUUAUUUUUUUUGAGCAUUCACCAUGUGUGAAGCACAGUCAACAUCAUUUGUAGAGCAGUACUGGCUACUAAGUAGCCAAAUUUGGCUCAACGGUCAAGUCGUAUUGGAGCGAUACAAUAAAAAAAUAAUGACACAAAUAUACGAAUCUUUGCACAUAAUUUAAUAAACUUUUCAAGAAAUACAGACUAUAAAACGAAGUUAGUAGUCAGAUGAUUGGCUGCGUAAUUUUCAAACGUCUGUCCCUUUUCGGCUGUUUCUACUUCUUAUGUUUACUAAAUUUUUCAAAAGGUUCACCAUUCUUCACCUAGUUGUUGUCAUCACAUACAUAUUUGGUCAUUGCUUAUGUCUCUUUAUGUUACUUGGAAUUGUGCUAAUUUGGACUGAUUCACUUCUGUGCUAAGUCUUAAGUUGAUACGUUAGUUACUGAAUUCAUCAUCCUAGUACUAAUACUCAUGAGAAGGAGUAGCUAACACCAUUCGUGAGUAGUAAGCAACUUAGCUGGAGCUCAGUUGUACUAAAAAGACUUUCCAUGUGCCUGGCCAUGAGACACUUGUUGUGAGGGUUAGUUAGACAUCUUAGAUUGGAUGGAGUGGAAUUGUAAGUCGGUAUUUACUGUAUUAAAGUCAAGUACUAAAGUCAGUCAGCCACAUCUACAGAUAGAUGUCUAUAUAGAUCCUAGCAUUAUUUCACAGUAUCGAAGUUGUCAUGAUUGACGUAUACACAUUACAUUUACAGUUGUACAAUAACCUUAUUUUUUGCGGACAAAAGUUUAAGUGGAGGAAAUAGCAUUUGACUCUAUAAUUUAUUUCGUAGAAUUGAAUAGAUGUAUGUGUACGUAUGCAUAAAAUAGAGGUUUUAUAUAUUAUGGCGAGUCUCUUGCAACAGAUGUAUGCAUGUAGAAGAAUUGGAAAUGUAUACUAAUUCGUUUUCGUUAGGUUUUAUUACCUGAAGACAGACUCAUGUUACAUUCAACUCUUAGACUAGUAACAAUUAAUGUAAAUAGUCUUUAACUUGUUGGUAAGGCCGAAAUUCCGUAUAUUUGCAUACGUUUACUAAUCUCAUUUAAAAUCCCAAAUAUCAUAACUUUCUAAUUAAUUUGUUUCUCGAAUCUAUUUGUUGCUCAAAGUUAUCAUCCUCAUGUUAAUUUCCACUUUUUAUGCUGUUUUGCUCCGUGAUUGUAAUUUAUUUUUGUCUGUGUGUUCAGUACAUGCACAGUUAGACAGCAGUAGAUGUAAUUUCUCAUCGAAUGGUGCAUUUGACUCGUUAGCAAUUUUAAAAUAACUUCAGGUUCUUUUACAGUGACUUAACCGCCCAUCUGUCGUCUCGUAAGUAGAAUGCAUGAGUUAUGAAGUAUGUGGGGAAUGAUGGACUGUCUGCAAGAUUAGGAGGAAUUAGCAGUUAAGAAUUCUAAUUGACUUAGUAACACUUGUAGACGUAGUCAGUUUACUAUAUUCAAAACAUUUUGUUACUAUCUCUCUCUUAUAUAUGCCCCUCUUCUCAACUUCGAUGUUAUUUAUUUUCCUACUAUUCUAUUCUGCAUCUGUUGCUGUUGUGUCUAUCAGUGCAUUGUGUCUCAAUUUAGACCUAUGCACAGGUUUGCUCCUUUCUUGCAUAAACUUUUUCGUACUGCUAUAUCAUACCUUUUAGCAAUUCAAAAAACCGUACUUGUGUGUUAUUGGCUUGCUGACUUAGGAUUUUUGAUUUUAACCGAAUGAUUUUUUUUCUCAUCACCUAUCUUACGCCAACUCUUACAUGCUUACCCUUUUGGUAAAUGAUAUGGUACGCUCAAAGUUAGGUGGAUAGCAGUUACUUUUAACGCCAUCAUGUAGCUGCUCGUUCAUAGCCUCUGUCAAGCGAUUCUUGUUGAUUAUUUUCACAUGAUGUGGCUAUUCUUACGAAAUGAAAGGACCCCGAUAUGAAUGUGCAAUUCUCAUCAUCAAAUUAAUAUAUAGGGAGUAGGCGUAAAACUCUGCAUACAAGUAAAUAGUAAAAUGGGGAUCCGAUUAAAAGAGUUGACUUUGAAAACUGGUUUGGUCACUAGGACCCGUAGGCGUAUAUCUAUUGAUGUUACUGUACUGUCUUAUCGAUUAGAAUUCAAAUCAAAACUUAAAGCAGUGGUCCUAUCUGUUUUAAUCAUAAUAUUAGAUGAUACUGUUUUAUUUGUUUCAUGAAAAAUGCCAGCCAGGACAUUGGAGGGCAAAGAACAAGAAGUUCAGCAGAAAUAUCCUUUCAGUGAUUUCAUUCAUUUAUUCUACUCAUUUUUUCGUGUCGAUGGCGUAUCAAAUCUGUAAAUAAAUAAAUUAACAGACAAUAACAGCUUAUUCGAAGAUGUCAUCUUGGUGGCUGUAAUAGCAACUGAGGAAAAAGUGAAGGUUGAUCAAACUAAAACCCGUCCAUAGAGUCAUUAACUAUUUAUCUGCAUCUUAUGACAAAGUGCAGGUGAUUUGGCUUGAUUCUGUGUGGCUACCGAAAUGUGGAUUUGAACGUGAGAUGUACUGGUUACAAGUGAAAUUCUUAAGCCAGUGACCUACAUAUCUACUCGUAUUUUAUGUGAUUAUAAUAGGUAUGGUAACUGCGUCCUUAUAUUAAUAGUGUCUGUCUAAGCAGUCGAAUAUCAUAUUCAAGUGAUAAAGAAAAUAUCUAUGGUUGAAAGUAUGAUUGUUAAGACAUUAUUUGGAUUACAGUGUUCAGUAACAUUCCUUUAGUCCUUCUUUGUGUGAUUCGUGGUAGUAAUCGCUAACUGACAUUGAUAAAAAUAACUAGGAGUAUUGUCGUGAAAAGUGUUCAAGAUACUGUCUUCAGCUCAGAGAACAAACACUUCUACGUGAAUAUUACUGAUUUGUCAACUAUUAGAGUUAUACUAAUAAACAACUUGUUUUUCAUUUUUGUAGGUAUUUAUACAAAUUUCUGUAGAAAAUUUACAUUUUGAUUCCCAGUUAUAAUGUGAUGAGUACCCUUGACGUCAGGCGUUAGGUAAGGAAGGGGAGUCAGUAGAUGAGGUUGUGAAGCUCUGUCGAUUGAGACAAUGGCCAGGAUAUGUGUUACGCAUUCCAAACUAUCGCCUUCCUAGACCAAUAAUGCUAGCUGAUAUAGGAAUAAGUUGGGAAAGAGUUAAGCACGGUCAAAUCAAAAUAUCUCAUCAAUCUAUGAAGUCUUUAACUGUUCGUUUAAGCCACAUUAUUGGGGGUAGGGUUCGUAGACGGCCUGAUUACUGUCCUUGAGACUAUUGGUGAUUAUAUGGCUCAAAACCGUUGUCAAUAUUGCAAAUGCAUUCAAUAUUCCCACACCCAUUAAAUUCUCGUUUUUUUCAAGAUACUGUUCUUUCUCCCGUAAAUUUCUGUUCAUUUUAUAGUCCUUAUGCAUCUCUGUUUUCCACCCUUUCGUCUAGUUUAUGUGUUAUUAUGGAUUGUAGACACAUGAACUGCUACACUUCUGUACAAAGUUCUAUAUUGAAACUCAAUUAGUCAUUCGGUCAGUCAGUCACUCAGUCAGUUAAACUUCCCAAUUACAGCGUGCAUCUUUUAACCAAGACUAAUACCAUGUUUUUUUCUUUUCUUCAUUUUUUCUUCCACAGUUGGUGAGAAAAAGUCGACGGUAUCUACCACAUGUAGCAAGAUUUUGUCUUGUAUCAACAUUUAUUGAAGAUGGAUUUCGUCUAUUAACACAAUGGUCAGAUCAAGUAGAUUAUAUACAAUCUGUAUGGGGUAUUCCUGUAAUGUUUGCUGCAUUUUUUAUUCUACUAAAUAUCUGUACACAAUUUAUUGGAAGUUCACUUGUUUUGAGUCGUUAUCAUGUGAAAAUUGGUGUUGGAAUACUUAUGGCGACUGUAUUAUUUCAAACGAUAGGUUAUAAUAUCUGGACGCAUGUAUUCUUUAUGCGUAAUCUCUCAUUGAUUGGUAGUUUAUUACUACUGCUGGCUGAAGUGCAACAACAAAGUCGUAGCCUGUUAGCUGGCCUACCAUCAUCCGGUGAAAAUACUCAACGACAGUAUAUACUACUCGGUGGACGUAUAUUAAUUGUUUUAAUGUUUGUUACAUUAAUUCACUUGGGUAAUAGUCUAUUCUAUGUUAUACAGUCCAUCGGUAAUCUUAUCCUCAUUCUGCUAGUUGCUAUUGGUUAUAAGACAAAAUUAUGCGCUACAGUAUUGGUUCUUUGGUUAACUGGUAUGAAUUUCUAUUAUAAUCGUUUCUGGUCUGUGAGUAAUGAUAGUUUAAUGUGGGAUUUCUUAAAAUAUGAUUUCUUUCAAACAUGGUCAGUUAUCGGUGGUUUAGGCUUAGUUGUAGCCUAUGGGCCUGGUGGUGUCAGUGUAGAUGAUUAUAAAAAGAAAUGGUAAUAUCGAUGAAGGAAUUUCAGGGAGCUGUCGACAACAGUGAUGAUGAUGAUGUCAGUGAGAAGAUCCUGGUGAUAAGAUAAUCGUACACAAUCACUCACCUACAACAACAGUAUAACAUAUAUAUAUGUAUGCGUGUGUUUUGGGGGCGGGGGGAGAAAUAAUAUGUUGAAAAUCUUUUUCCUUUUUUUAUUUCUUCUAUUUUGGUCUCUUCCUCCCUUUCCUUUGUAUCUCGUCCGGUUGCCUCUCUAUUUCCAUAUCUUUUUUCCCUAUCAUGUUUUUCUUCUGUACUUCAUCACACUUACACACACACACACAUGCUUCGUCAUCAUGCUUUUCAUCAAUCAACUAGCCAAGCAAUCAGUGAUGUUUGCUGAUUACCCCACUCUUAGUAUUUUUCGUCCGUACGAAUGAGCUGUGCUCAUCUUUUUUUUCUGUAAUUGUUACUUCAUGCCUGUCAUUUUCUGUGUUUAUACUUGUCUUCUCAUCUGUCUCUUCCCCCCUCCCACAUAUAUAUAUAUACGCUAUGAUUCCUCUUUUUUUGUGUACAGUAUAUGCGUGUAUUUGUUAUGUCUUUUCCAUGCAGACAGGGAGAUCCUUUUUGGGCUGUUUCUGUAUGUAUUUAUAUUUGACAUUGUGUUAACAAAUUCUCGUUUUCUCUUCGUGUGUGUUCCAUUUCCCCCUUCUUUUUGCUCUUUUUACACCCACCUCCUCACAUUGUUUUCGGGUGUUAAUAUACAUAUACACUUGUCAAGGUCAACUUUUCUUUUGUGUUAUCUGUUAUUGGUUUAUGUAUGUACGUAGUGCGUGGGUGUACGUACACUCGUGUUCUUCUUCUUCUUCCUAUUGGUCCCUAAUUCCUUUGUGUCUGUCUAUCUAACUAUCUAUUUUCUCUCUCUCUCUCUCAAACGCACACUAUUCCACCUGCCACUGUAUGAAAUCAUACACAGUCAACCACUUUUCAUAGUUGAAAAAUACAAUCAUGCACACAGACACCUGUGUGUAUUGCUAC